AGCAGAAAUAAGCAGACCGACUCUUGUUCAAAAAUUUAAUUUAACUUUCUGUUGUGUGAACACGUUUUGAAGAAUUUACUAAAGAUUUAUUAAGAAAUAUAUAGUAUUUUUAUUUCUUGAAAUCAUGCUGCUAAUGUAUUACUUGAAUGAAAGUGGAGAAAGAGUUUAUACUCUUAAUAAAGUGGACCCUAAUGGAAAACCUACCCUAUCUGCUCAUCCAGCUCGAUUUUCCCCUGCAGAUCCAUACAGCAAAUACAGAGUUUUGAUCAAGAGGAGAUUUGGGCUAUUACCAACACAAAAGCUAAAGCAAGCCUGUUAAUCUUUAAAAUCUAUUCACAUUUGUAAAUACAAGAUGAUUUGUUUUUUAAGUUGUACUUUUUUUAUAUUAAAGAAUAAAAAUAACAUCUUCUGUUUUA